AUGUCCAAAACAAAGACCAAACGUGCGCGUCGUGAGCUCAAACGUGACGCAUCCCGCAAGAUCGCCAACCACCAAAAAGCUGCCGUUGCCGCCGCGAAAUCCCUCCAGAAGCCCUCCGCACCGCCCUCGAAGAAGCAGAAGCAGAAACAGACCAACGACCCAAGUCCUACCGCUGCAGCCACCGCAAAACCGCAUGUUCAGGCUUCACAGAGGCAUCAAGUUCCCUUCGGCACUUACGACCACAUCCUCCUCGUUGGAGAAGGCGACUUCAGUUUCACCAAAUCCCUCGUAACCGAGCACGCCUGCGCAAACGUUACCGCCACCUCCUUCGAUACCGACGAACAAGUACGCACAAAAUACCCUACUUUUGCGCAAAUAUAUGACGAGCUAAGUGCACUGACACCGCCCGUGCCGUUCCACCACGGCAUCGACGCCACGAAGCUCGGCUCCUUCAAGACACUCCGCUCAGCAGAGGAGAGAGAAGAGGGUUGGGACACCAUAGCCUUCAUGUUCCCGCACACAGGCGGUCUCUCCACAGACGUAAAUCGGCAAGUGCGCGCCAACCAAGCUCUCCUCGUCGGCUUUUUCAACUCGUGUCUAUGCUCCCAUAAGAGCCGGUCGUUUCUCCGCGAAGGCGGGAAAGUUCUAGUCUGCCUGUUCGAGGGCGAGCCAUACACGCUGUGGAAUGUGCGGGAUCUGGCGCGGCAUGCUGGGCUGAAGGUUGUGGAAAGUUACAAGUUUGAGUGGGAGGAUUAUCCAGGGUACGCGCAUGUGAGGACGUUGGGGGCUAUUGAGGGGGGGUGGGGCAUGGAAGGGCGAGGAUAG